AUGCCCAAGGUUAUUUGCUCCGUUGUUCUCUUAUUACUAUUGACAGUUCAGGUCUACACCCAAAGUGUCGCCGUUAGAUCGGUCCAAGUAAAAGGUGCUUUCAAGUGUGGUACUGAAGUGGCCAAGAAUGCUAGAGUCGUACUGUAUCGGGUACCCGCUAAUGAUGCUAAAAGUAAGGGGAGGGUGGGGAAGAGGAAUGGAAAGGGGGGGGAGGGUUAAUAAACAGAUUUUGGUUUUAAGGAUGGGGCGGAAGUAGGAGGGGGGGGAGGCAAGAACAGGGUAGGGAAUGGCAGGGUACGGUAGAGUAGAACAUGGCAGGGUAGAACUGAGCAAGGCAUGGUGGGGUAGAAUAGAAACAUGGGUAGAGGUUACAGUAGAAAGAGAGUACGGAUAAAGGUAGGAGUAGGGGUAAAGGUAAGGGUAGUCUAGACAAGGUUGGGGUACUAUAAUUCCAUUUAAAACCAAAAUUUUCAGAAAUUAAUGCCAUUGAAGAGCUAGAAUCUCGAGAAAUCAGCCCAGCUGGACUGUUUGAAAUCUCUGCCAAUACUAAUGGACGCCCGACUAAUGAAACCGAUUUGAAGCCGGCUAUUCGAGUUUAUCAUCGUUGUGAUGUUGAUGACAAAAAAGUGAGUAUUUUUUGAUUUUUUAAGCAUUAAUUCCUAACUUAAGUUCUUGCCUUUAAGCUUAUAUUUUGAGAUAUCUACCUAGGAAACCAUUUUAAACUUUAGGCUUAACGCUUCAUAGUAUAACCCUAAACUAAAAAUUUAGACCUAAAUUUGAAAGUUAAAACCAAAAGUUUAGGCUUAAAUUUUAAAACACCAUUAAGAAAUAUGUCAAUUAAAAAAUAUUAGGCUUAAAUUUGGACUUAUCAUAGACUUAACAUUGACGUUUUUAGAAAAAAGACCAAACCCGUUCCUUCCAAGUGGCCGUUCCGGACAGUUUUGUUUCGUUGGGCAAAACGGCCAAACAAACUUUCGAUAUUGGGACUUUGAAUCUUGAAGUAGGUUCAAAUUUGUCAUAUUUAAACAUUUACACGCACUUUUCUGACCCCCUCCCCCACCCGAUCAAAAAGUUUGUGCCAAAGCAUAACCUGAUUACAAAAGGCUGGAAAAUAAAUUUACCAUGCCCUGCAAACCUUUUUUUGGUUCUAACUUCACACCCCCUUCCCUAUGAAAAAUCAAUAACCACUUGUUUAUAGGGAGAGAUUAUGAAUCAAAAAUUCGAAAAAAUAAAUUUUUUUAAAAAUUUUUAUCCUCCCUCAAUUUUUUUUUUUACCCUAGCCUACCCUGCCGAAAUUUUUCCUCCUCUUACUCAAACUAUAUCAAAACCCGUAUUUUACCCAAUGUUUCAGCUUGAAUACCCUGGAGAAGCAUGGGUGAAGAAUGACAAGAAGAAGGCCUAA